AUGGUCUGGACGACGCUGGCCAUUUCGGCCAUGGGGCUGUCGUGCGUGGCCACGGGGAUCACGAGCUACAGCCUCCGCCGGUCCUGGGACUUGCAGAUUUCCUGCGUACGGUGGGUUUUUUUCAUCUUCUUCGCGUGCUAUUGCCUGUACGCCGCUGCGCGCGUCAUCUGCAUGGUCAUAGUGAGUCUCAGGACCGAGUGGGGGCACUCGAUCAACGACGACUACAUGGACGAACACUACACGACGCUCGGCAUCUUCGCACCGCUGCACUCGCGGGUGUCCAGUGACCCCCUCGUGACGGUAUUUCAGGUUCUUGGCGACUCGGUUCACUUUUCAGUGGCCACGUGGACAUUCCCACUAAUCUACGAGCUUGGCCUAAUAGCCAGCAAGACAAUGGACCGUGGCGCGGAGAAGGAACGAGAACAGAUUCAGCGGUAUCUGUGGAGUGUGUGGCCCGUCAUUGGCGGAUUCACGGUCGCAGAGACCAUUCUGGCCAUAGAUAAAGGGGGUUAUACGACGACGACACAGGCGUUUAAGCUGGCCAUUUACUUUACCAUGUUCGCGAGCUUUUUGUACAUGCUCUUGGUCGUCUUAAGACUCAAGUGGGGCGGCCGAAAGUACGAAAACGUUCAGGGCCAGUUCGUUACGUCGCCCGUUUAUCAACGUAUCUCGCGGAUCCUUGUUAUCUACGCACUCUUUACGCUUCAGUAUCAGCUCGCGUCCGUCAUUUCGUACUCGAGGCCGAACGACAGGGACGACCUUAGCGACUAUACCAGCAUCAGCACCGUCAUAUAUAAUAUUUCUGGCCUUGCCUUGGCCAUCACAACCAUGUGCAGUCAGGCGUGUGUGCUUCAAAUGUGUCGCUGUUGUAUGCCCGACGACGUGGAAGCCCACCUCGAGGCCAGACUCAUGCAACCUGGAGAACUCCUGUCCCCUCGAGAUACCCAGAUCCUCGUUGAAUCGGCCGAGCCGCCGUUAGUAAAUCCGGUGUUUGUCUUCACAGAUAUUCAGCAGUCGAGUGCAUUAUGGGGAGUCGGCGACGGCCUCAUCAUGCAACAGGCCACUGAGAUCCACGACAAUAUCCUGCGCUCAAUGUUGAUGAAAUAUCGUGGCUACGAGAUCACAACCGCAGGCGACGCCUUCCAAUUGGCCUUCCACACUACCCGUGAGGCAGUCGAAUACUGCAUGGACGUGCAGUUGCAAUUACUGGACGCUCCGUGGCCACGUGAACUGCACGGAUUGUUGCCAGCCACUAAGAAACAACGCGCAGGUCGACACUUGGUCUUCCGCGGACUGCGCAUACGUAUGGGCAUCCACGACGCCGUCAACUCGGAUGGUACACUGGUACUGGAUGUCCACGCUGUUACCGGUAAAAUGAUCUACACAGGCGCGUCGGAAGUCAUCGCCAAUGAGAUCGGAGACUUGGGUGACGGCGGCCAGAUCCUCGUCACCAAACGCGUAGCAGACUGGGUCAAUAUGUAUGCAGACCUGGUCGCAAUCCCAUGUUCGGUCGACCGUGUGGGCGAGUACACUGUCCCGCAGAUUAACGCAACGGUGGACGUAUUCCAGGUCCUUCCGGCUGUGUUGGCCAAACGCAAGAAGAAAUUCACGACCAAUGUCGCCUCGACAUUAAAGAGACGUCCCGGCCACGGGGAAAACGGAGCGGCCGGCGCACAUUCCUUCACGGCCAACGACGGGACUCCUCCGGGCAUGAGCAGUAUGGCCGCUCAGCGUCGGCGUCAUCUCUACGCUCUACGCGAACAACGUCGCCAACUGGAACAGGGCGUUUUCGGCCGUCCAGCCUCCCACCAGACGCUGAUGCGAACGGAGAGUGCCCGGCCGAGCUUCGCGUUCGACACGCGCCCAAGUUAUGCGCGUACUACAAGCAUGAUGGAGUGGACGAUGCUGGCCUUCGUUACCAUGGGGUUAUCCUGCGUGGCCACCGGGAUCACGACCUACAGUCUGCGGCGUAACUGGGACCUGCAGAUUUCAAGUGUCCGCUGGCUGUUUUUCAUCUUUUUCCUAUGCUACUUCUUCUUCUGUCUCGGCCGCGUAGUGUUCAUGAUAGCUGGCGUCAUCAAGCCGCUGGACUCCACGACGGAAGUGGGCGAACAGCUUUUGGCCAACCGGUACAGCAAGCUGGGCGUCUUUUCCGUGUUAAACUUUAAGGUGUCCCAUGACGGGCUGGUUACUGUGUUGCUGGUGUGGGGGGACUGUGCGCUCUUCGCAGUAGCCGUGUGGACCUUCCCACUGGCCUACGAGCUCCGACUCAUUGCCACCCGAUCCAUGGAUCGUGGGGCCGAGAAGGAGAACGACCAGAUCCAAUGGUACUCUUGGCGCGUCUGGAUCGUCAUAGCGAGCUUUAUCGUCGUCGAGACAACACUCGCAGCCGUGAAGAAAGGAUACACGACCUAUACACAGCGGUGUCUACUGGCCGUGUAUUUCACGCAGUUCGCCAGCUUCCUGUACAUGGUGUGGAACCUUAUCCGCCUCAAAUGGGUCGGACGGAAGUACGAGAAUGUGCAGGGCCAGUUUGUCACGUCGCCCAUUUAUCAGCGACUUUCUAGGAUCAUGUUCGUAUACGCCAUCUUCAUGCUACAGUUCCAGAUCGCUUCCGUUGUCAUGUACGCUAUGCCGAACCAAGAGUACAAGCUAAUCGACUUUAUCAGCGUCAGCGCUGUCAUCUACUGCACCUCCGGUCUGGCACUCUCUGUUACGACCAUGUGUAGUCAAGCCUGCGUCCUCGACUUCUGCCGCUGGUGUUUGCCCGACGACGUUGAAGCCCAAGUUGAAGCGCGCCUCAUGCAACCCGGAGAACUGCUGUCACCGCAAGAUGCGCAGGUGCUCGUCGAGUCGGUCGAGCCUCCUCUAGCGAACCCUGUGUUUGUUUUCACAGAUAUCCAACAAUCAAGUGCGCUAUGGGGCGUCGGCGACGGAUUUAUCAUGCAACGGGCGACCGAGAUCCACGACAAUAUUCUACGAUCCUCACUCAUGAAGUACCGAGGAUACGAAAUCACGACCGCAGGUGACGCGUUCCAGUUGGCCUUCCAUACAGUUCGUGAGGCCAUUGAGUACUGUUUGGACGUACAGAUGCAGCUUCUGGAAGCUCCGUGGCCGAAAGAGUUGCACGUGUUACUACCGGCGACUAAGAAGGUGCGUUCAGGCCGUCACCUCCUUUUUUGUGGCCUGCGUGUUCGCAUGGGGAUCCACGACGCCGUGGAUUCAGACGGACCAUUAAUACUGGACGUACACGCGGUGACGGGGAAAAUGACGUACACCGGCGCGUCCGAAGUGAUUGCGAACGAGAUUGGAGAUAUCGGCGACGGCGGUCAGAUUCUGGUCACGAGACGCAUAGCGGACUGGUUGUUCAUGUACGCGGAUCUGGUGGUCAUCCCGUGUUCAGUUGAUCGCGUGGGAGAGUACACGGUUCCAAUGAUCAACGCGACGGUGGAGGUGUUCCAGGUGAUUCCACUGGAGCUGGUCAAACGCAAGAAGAAAUUCACGACGACACUGAAGAAGCGCGUGGGUACGCAUCCGUACGGCAGUUCUCAGUCUAUUAAUGACAACACGCCGCCUGGUUUGAGCUCGGAGGCCGCUGAACGCAGGCGUAACCUGUACGCGUGGCGUGAACGGCGUCGCCAACUGGAGCAGGUUGCACUUAAUCGUCACGCGUCCUCCCACACAAUGCUGCUGGCUGAUUCUGCCGACUAUGAAUGGGGCGUCGUGGGCAGUAGCACUUUGUAA